UGUAUCUCCCUCCAUAAUCCUACCCAUUAACCUCUACAUGCUCCUUGUUGCUCGCUCACUGUAAGCAAACCAACAUGAUACCCUUUUCUUCCGCCAAGCCUCUGAAGUUCCCAUCUUCUUUCCCUCCAUUUCUGCAAUCUCUCUCUCCCUUUGUUUCUCUCCAUUCCCCGCCAAUUCCUUCCAUCCGAAACCCUCCUCCACGCCUUCGAAUCCUCUCUCUCGACGCUGCUCAGCCCUUUGAUUACGAGACCCAAUUCAAAUCCCAGUACCUGAAAUCCAAUGCACUCAAGAUCGCCGUCGUCGGCUUCGGCAACUUCGGCCAGUUUCUCUCUAAAACCAUCCUACGUCAUGGCCACACAAUCCUCCCUCACUCCCGCUCCGACUACUCUCUCGCCGCCGCCGACCUCGGUCUCACCUUCUUCCACGACCUCAACGACCUCUGCGAGCAGCACCCGGAAGUCGUUCUCCUCUCCACUUCCAUUCUCUCCAUCGAGGAAGUUCUCGGUAAAUUUCCCUUCCAACGACUCCGACGAAACACUCUCUUCGUGGAUGUACUUUCCGUCAAAGAGUUCCCUCGUAGUGUCAUGGUCAAAUAUCUGCCGGAAGAAUUCGACAUUCUCUGUACCCAUCCAAUGUUCGGGCCCGAGAGUGGUAAGGGUUCCUGGGCUGGUCUUCCUUUCGUGUUUGAUAAAGUUCGUAUAGGGAAUGACCCGUAUAGACUAGGAAGAUGCAAUAAAUUUCUGACUAUUUUCGAGAAAGAAGGUUGUAGAAUGGUGGAGAUGAGUUGCGCAGAACACGAUAAGUGCGCUGCUGGGUCACAAUUCGUGACCCAUACCAUGGGGCGGGUGCUGGAGAAGUUUGGAUUAGAGUCGUCGCCGAUUAACACUAAAGGGUACGAGACAUUGUUGAAUCUGGUGGAGAAUACUGCAGGGGAUAGCUUUGAUUUGUACUAUGGGUUGUUCAUGUAUAAUAAGAAUGCUUUGGAGCAGCUGCAAAAGUUGGAUAUGGCUUUUGAGUCUCUUAAGAAGGAUUUAUUUGGGCAUCUGCAUAAUGUUUGUAGGAAUCAGUUGUUUGGGGGAUCGGUUGAGAAACCUGUGUUGUAUCUGGAGCAGAAGCUUCUUACAGAUGGUACUACUCCAGUUGAAGCUCCUUCCAUGGAGAUUUCCAGAGAAGAGAGGUGAUAUUCUGGCAUGAGGCUGCUCUUAUGGUGGGUGUCGUAGCCAUAGAAUUUUUCAGAGUCAUUCAAAUGGUGCAGCAGAUUGAUUAGAAGAAUAAAAGGGUUUUAAGUAGAAUGUGAAGACACAAAGAUUUACAAGAUUGGAGAAAUCAGAUGAUGCUUACUCUUUUUGGUAUUAUGUAUGUGCUUCCCAAGGUAGUCACUUUCUUCCCGUGUGCAGAAAUUAAAUAAUUUAAAGAGGUGGUGAGGAUGGUGGGUUGUUGAAAAUGGAGAAAAAGAAAUUUAUUGUAUGUUAGUGAUGAAUGUGACUAGUACUAAGAAGAGGCU